AUGAGCGUCGCGCCCGCCCGCCAUCCAACGGCCGACUUGAUACCGAUCGCACCGCGACAGCACUGCGCGUACUAUGACGUGGUUGGUAUCCUUUAUAUGCUCUCGUCCGUGGGCCUUAGCUUCUACUGUGUUCUCGUCAUGGACCCGUACCUUGCGAGCGACUACUUUUGGCCCAACUUUCACACGCUCAACGUGUCGACACUGGUCUCGGAGAUUUUUAACGUGCAGCUGGCGCUCCUGCCGAUGAAUGCCACCGCCAUAUCGGUGGCGCUGAUGAUGCCGGUGGCCGCGGUCGUCGACACACAAACCGUGUGCGCGGCGCCGUCGUACCCGCGCAAGCUGCUCUACGAGCGUCUCACGGGCUUGGUCGAUGCCGUCACGGGUCUUCGUCACCUGGAUGCGGACAAGGUCGCGUCCAUGGCCACGCUGUACUGCUGGGUGGACUUGAACCGGCGCUGGGAACUCGCGCACACAAGCGCACGGCAAUUGCGCUGCGAACGCAACGACUUUGAAAACGCGGCCGUCGUUCUCGAAGCUGUUUUGCGCAACAUUGCAUUUCACGACUGGCUCGAGGUGGUCCAGAACCGAUUUGCGGUGCACGUGGCCGAUCCGAUUGCCCGCACGCCGGGUGGCGCGGCGUGGGUCGCCGCCUUGCGUCAGCACGAGUGGCUCUCGACAAACGACGAAGUCGACGUGUGGCGAGCGCACGGCCUGCACCGCUUUACGCUGCAGUACACCAACCGCAUCCAACUCGGCCUCCAAGAGUCCAUCCUCAUCGAGAACGCCCUGGGCACGGGGACGUGGCUCGAGGUGAAAGCGAUUCCGGCCGCGACACGCGUGCCGCUCUGGACGUCGACGUACAUGAGCAUGUGCCUCGCCAACGACUUUGACGCGAUUGGCGCCAACCAGAGCCUGGUCCGCGGCACGUUCAACUACUUUGGCGACAUUGAUCCGACCCAAAUCGAAGUAUUUGACGUCGGGUACCCGCUGAGCAAGCUCUUUCAAGUCGUGCACGACCAAGUCGGACCGCUCGCCAACAUUGACCUCAAGUGGAUUGCGCCGCCGUCGACGCUCGUGACGCACCUGGCCACGUGGCGCGUCACGCUGCUUGAAUACCUGCAUGCGAAUGCGAAUUGGAGCACGGCGAUGGCGACGGUUGGCGACAUGACUCUCGCGCCCACGCCGCAACAGUGGGCACGUCCAUCGCUGGCCUUCUACGGCGGCAACCCCAUGUGCGGCUUUGGCGAGCCGCUCGGAUUUGUGCAAAACGCGUUUGGUUUUGACGACGCGUGCUCGAGUCAAACACGCUUUAACGUGCCCUUGAAUGCGUUCAAUGGCCUCUUUGCGUGGAGCGCGCUGCGCGGAGACAUCGGUGCACCGUGCGCACUGGAGCCCACUUAUGCGCGCGCCACGUGCUAUGCGACCUUGGCGCUCCUCAAUAGCACCUACCACGAGCUGCCAGCGCUGCCCGAGCUCGACGCGUCGGUCGUCGCGGCAACGCACGCGCUCAACCUCUCGCUCAUGCAGUUUGUCGGCGAUAUCAACGGCUCCGCUCUUCGCAUCGAAGAGUUGCGACUGCUCGACUCUGACAUUGCCUUUCACGGCUGGAGUAUGGUCUACGACUGGCUCUUCAACGAGCGCGAGGCGAUCUCGUUCCAAGGCGACGUGCGCACAUUGAACCUUCUCUCGCACGUCUAUACGUGCUUGGCGUCGCCGCGCGCCAAGUCCCUGUCGCUCACAUGGGCCAACUACCUGCGUCUCUGCGCGUACGUGUGCAGCGGAACGCUGGCACUUGUCGGGGGUCUCUCGCUCUGCCUCUUUGUGUGUUUGCGGCCGAGGCAUUGCCACUGGUUCCUCUUUAACCGCAUCACAAGCGCAGUGUGGCUCAACCGCGGCGUCCUCGGUCUUCGGAGUCUCGUGGCGACGCUCUGCCUCGCGACAGCGUCGGUCGAUGUGCACCUGGAUAGCAGCGGCCUCAUGCACUUUGCCUCAGCACCGCGCUCGGUGAUGGCAUCAACGGCGCUCGCGGCCGAGACGACGUGGAUCACGUAUCUGCUGCACGACAUUCUGCAACCGGUCGCGGGAUCGAGCCGGUACGCCUCCAUCAGUUCGCACCUCGCGUGGCUGGUGAUUGCCAUCUUGGACGUGGCGUCGCCCAUUGCCGUCACCGCGUCCGUCCACCGAUCUUGUUACACGGUGAACAUGGACGAAAUGAUCUACUGCGCCAGCGGCUUUGUGGGCAUCGGUGCGCUGCCACGGACGAUGACGAUUGUCAGCCUCAAUGUCGCGAGCGUCCUUAUCUGCUUUGGCCUCGGGCACGUGUUUCUCACGCCCGAGCCGCCCCCAACGAUCGGCGUCCCCAACCUGCUCCUUCCCCCCGCGCUUUUAGCGUUUGCAUCAUCCCGCGACUUGCGCUGCGCGAGCGGCGGUCUCGCCCUCGACCGCACGACGGCUAGCAUGGCCGGCCUCUUCGUGUUUCAAACCAGCUCGCAUCGAUGGCUCUUUGACACGAAGCUCUGGCUCCUCUUUUACAAGAGCGACUUUACGCUCCAGUCGUCGCAGGCGGCGAUCGUGCUACCCGAUGGCUUUCGCCACGCGCGGCGCGGGUCAUUGCAGCGCCAAGCGUCGGUGCUUGGGCUGCAAAGGCGUCAGCAUCCGCGCUUGAGCUACGUAGUCCUCGCGGUCGGGUUUCUCUACCUCGUCCUCUCGCUUGCUGGCAAUGUCAUGUACUUGGACGUCGCGACUACGUACUUGGCCAACGACUAUGGGUGGGCCAACUUUAACUCGAGUGGCACACGCACCUUCCUUGCCAACAUCUUCAACGAACAGCUCCUCGUGACCACGUCGGGGGACCUUGAGCUCGAUGCGGCUUCGUGCGGCGACCUCGAUCGCGUCUACAACGGGUCCGUGUCGUCAAUCGAAUGGAGCGAAACGCUGGCGCGCCGGGAGCUCUACCGACGAGACGUGCCGCUUGCGAGCAUCGUCCAAGGCCUUCGCGACAUGAGUCCGUGUAAUUUGCCGUGGAUGUUUACCCAGUACUGCUGGCUCGACUUUGAGCGCGAGUAUGCGCUCGCUAGUACGAGCCAGCGCCAAGCCCGAUGUCUCGCGUCUCAAAAAAGCAACGGGGCAGCGUACCUCGAGGCACCGCUUCGCAAUCUCAACAACUGGGCCGCUUUUCACGACUGCUGGGGUGCGUCGUUCGAGUUUGGCAUCGCCAGCGACCUCGCAAGCACGAGCAGUGGUCAGGCGUGGCUCGUGCGCACGACAGGGAAUAGCUACAGCGUCGACGACGAGGUCGCGUUCUGGCGCGCCUCGCAAAUUGACCACUUUACGCUCCAAUGGCAAAACUUCAAGACCGUCGGGCUUCUCGACUCGCUCUCGAUUGUCACGGCGCUCGGAUGGACGUUUCCGCUGAGCUUGAGCGCGUCCAUGGGCUCGUUGCACCUCACGCAGCAGACGUCGCGCAAGAUGUACUGGGGCUUCGCCAGCGAUCUCUGGGCUGUCGGGUGCAACGCCACCGCGAUUGUUGGCGCGAGCUUGCUCGCAUCGAGCCCUCGUUUUGCCUUUGCCAAUUGCACGAGCGAGUCGCUCCUUCUCAGCAACCACACACUGCCGGCGCCGUUGACGAUGGGGCUAGGGUUGCUCCAGGCGACCCUCGGGCCUUUCAAUGCCAUCGACAUGCAGUAUGUGCAAGUGCCCGCGCGGCUUCGUGCGAUCUAUGGCGCCUUAUCCGCCCUUGUGACGGAGCUUGUCAUGUCCAAUAUGACGCUACAAACCGCGUACUGGGCCCUGCCGGUGGCGCCGAGUAUGAGCGGUGUGCCCCUCGCACUCCUCUCGGCACCGAAUGUGACGACGCACGGCGGCAACCUCCUCUGCGGCGACGACCAGCCCACGUACACGCUCUCGUACGGCCUCGACUGCUUUUUUGGCGUCCAAAACAUGUGCCACGCAUCGUUCUUCGACAGCCUCAAGCCCACGCCGCGUCAGCUGCUCUUUGCGACCUUGGCAUACUCGCAGGUGUUUCCGAACACGUCGUUCCAGCUCGUGUGCGAUCUCGACAUGUACAAACGGUCCGUCUGCGCCGACAACUACCAUGCAAUCCAAACCUUUUUAAAAGACACGGGGAUCGAUGCGCAGCUCGGCCCGCGCCUUCUGGCCGCCGUGCCCGACGUGCGGUCGCUCCGCAUUCGCAUCAUUCAGUACCUUCGCUUUCAGCCCAUGGCGCCCCUGCAGCUCUACCAGCAACCGCUUUUGCCAAUGGACGACGAUCCUGGUUGGCAUUUCUACGGCUGGAGCUACGUCUUCGAUUGGAUGGCAGGGCUCCGCGAAGUCGUGUCGUUCCAAGGCGACGAGAGCAGCGUCACGACCAUCUCGUCACGGUCGUCGCCGCUGACGAUGGCGCCGGUGCCGGGCGAAAUCCCCGAGACGCUCUCGUUCCUAUUUCAAUGGUGCGUGCGCUACAUCACGCUCGUCUUCAUCGCGCUCGCCGGCCUCCUCGUCGUCUCCGGGGUCCAUGAACGGGGCCACAUUGAGGGGCUGAACCUCCUCGAGCUCAACCGGAUCGUGGGGCAUGUCUGGGUCGGCCGCUUCUUUCUCCUCAUCCGCAGCAUCACGGCGUUCUGGCUUCUCAAUACGAGCACGCUUCAGCUCGUGCAAGUCGGCGCCGGCACGCGCUUCGUGUCGCCGCCACUCCCGUGGUACAAGACAGUGCUCGCGGGCGCCGAGACGACGUGGUUCGUGUACGUCCUCAACGACGUGUGCAGUUGCGUCACGCUGCAGUAUACAACAGCGUAUGCCUUCAAGAGCUCGCUCGUCGCGUGGGCCGUCGCUGCCAUCUGGAACACGGUUUCGCCGCAAGCCUACGUGGCCACGCUCCAUCGAAGAUGUCGCUACGUCGACAUGGACUUGCAGCUCACGUGCGAAAGCGGAGUCGUGCAGAUCGGCGACGCGAGCCGGCUCGCGAUGGGGUUUCUCAUUGGCCUGGGUAGCGUCGUGCUUUGCUACGGCUUGGAGCGGCUGUGGCAGCCGCAUUUGCCGCCGCGGGACGUGCCAACAACGCUCUUGAACGCCUCGAGCUACUACAUGCUGGACUUUUCCGACUGGGUCGUCCAAGACGAGUUCUACUUGGACAAGACGUCGGCGCUCAUGGCCGGCAUCGUCGCGAUCGAACGUUAUGGCCAUUUGCAUAUUUUGGACGUCAAGUCGUGGCGCUACUUUCAUGUCCGCUUGUCGACGGUCACGAGCGGCAAGCACGAGCGCAUUCGGCGCGCGAUUCCGCUCAGUCGGCUCUAA